AUGGAAGGCAUUAAAGCAUUACCACCGCCACGGCCAUACAAGGGUUUGCCUGUGCUAUGUGGAAUUAUGAUGAUAGUCGGCUCCUGUAUUGAAAUAAGUUUGAUUAACGCCGGCUUCUACGAAAAACGCAAGUUGAUAUCAGUCAGACUAGAUCACCUCGACAAAAGAUACAGCGCUAUACUGGAACGAUAUGAUGCUAAUCAUAAGAACAUAGCUGUGAAAGUGGAACAAAUCAAAACUGAGGUUAUGAAGAUGGAGGCGGACAUGGGUAUGAACACCAAACUAACGGAAGUCUAUGACGAUUUGAACGCUCAGUUUGAAGCGAAACUUGCAGAAUUGAGGACGGAAGCACAAAAUUGGAUCAAUAGCAUGAUAAUGGCAUUGGAACUCCGGGCAAGACAACAAUUGGAUAGUAUAUCGUUUGAUUCCAACAUCUUGCAAGAGCAAAGAGGUAUCGUGAAGUUGGAUGAGAUGGUGAAGAGGUUGCGCAAUCUCCACGCAACAGUUCUUGAAGAGUUAACUGGUAUUAUCCGAAAACGUCAAAUGGCCGAACAUCAAAUAAUACAAGAUAUAUCGGAAGGUAAGUUAUUCUUGUCACUAUGUGACACCCAAUAUGCAGAAACAAAAAGGCUCACUUUAGAAAAAUCAAACUAUGAAACUAACAAACAAGCUAUGAGAGCUGAAAUGGCCAAUGCUAUCGCUGAUUUUAAAAAGGAAAUUAUGGGUGAGCUGCGAGACAUGAGCCACUCUCGUGAAGAAUUUGAAGAGUUUGUAUUAGACACAUUAGAAAAACAAAGUAAGACUGUUUAUCUCUCAACAAAUGAUUCUUUAGUGAACGAAUUCACUUCUUCUAAAUUUGCUUCAAGCAAAACUUAG